CUCGUGAUGAGUGGGCGGAUGGUUUUAUGGGUUAUAUUUAUUUGGAUACAUUCCUUAAUGGUCCGCGCUAAGGCUGUGCAAGGCACCAUCAGGUUGAAGUAGUUUGUCAUAUAGGACAUCGCCACAGGCAGUACAGAGUAGCCAUGGCCUGCACAACAAAAAUGCUGCAGAAGAGGACAAUUACGCCCCUGGAGCAGCUUAUUGAGGAAAUCAACUUCCAGAGAGCUAAAGAAAUGAGACAGAUUCUGAAGGAUGAUAGUGGAUUUGUGAUGCUCCAUGGCACUGCAUACUGGACAGACCUGUUUGUGCGCCAUUUUCUGUUUGAGCACGGACGCAGCGCUCAGGAGUCCGACGACCUGCUGUUCUUCAUUCGAAAACGACAUCUGAAGGAGGCCAGGAAGUUCAUACCCAGAUAUGAGACGGUGGUGGAGGUAUUCCGGAGGGACAGUAAGAAGCUGCCAAUUGGUGACCCGGAGAUAGACUGGGAGGAGACGAUCUAUAUCAACAUGAUCAUCCACCACUUUGACUACUACCUGACACUGGCCGUGUGCACCCGCACAAGUCCGAAGGAGCUGCAGGUCCUCAAGCGACACACGGAGCGGGUGUGGGCGUCGCCGAGUCGCCGCCAGAUGGGUGGUAAGGGCACCUCCGAGGACAUCACCUACCCGGACGUCUGCUUCAUGCUCGACAAUUUCGACGAGAUCUUCACGGACAUGCUGGUGCGCGACGGGGAGAUGGUGUCGGUGGAGCUGGUGGCCCGCGAUCGGGACGGUGCUCUGCGCGGCGUCACCUUCCUCGGCUCCGUCCGCUACGACGCCCUGAAGAAGGUGUACGACGCCAGGGCCAGCAUCAGCAACAAGGUGGCGCAGCGGAUGACGUUCGGCCUCUUCUCGUCACCGACGGCGCCGCGUAUGGAGUUUGUGCGCGUGCGCGGCCCGCUGGGCAAGGGUCACGCCGAACUGGCCGUCACCAAGCCGCCAGGAGCCGACUGCGAGACGCCCACUUCGGAGCCGGGCUUUACGCUGACCGAUCAGGCCUGGGACUCGGACGUGGACGACAGUGACGACGAGUACAUGUUCCAGCGACGGCACCAGCGCCGCCUCAGCGAUCCCAGCGCCAACUUUAACACUUUCAUGUACUCAAACUUCCGCACAAAGCCGAGAGAUGUUGGUAAAGCCAGGUCGGAGAGCGAAGGACUCAAUGCAUACCAAGAUCAAAUCAAUGAAAUCGAAGCAGGAGACGUGAGAGAUGAGCUGGACGACGGCGCGUACAACCCCAUCUGGACCAUGAGGGGCUUCUCGCAGACGUUCCACUUCUGGAAGGAGAGCCGACGCGCCUCCAGCCUGCCGCUGCGAGCCUACCUGACCUACGUCAUGCUCCCCUGGCACGCCAUCAUCAAUGAUCUGAUAGUCAAGGAGAACCGAGAAGACCCAAUUUUAACUUUCUAACUGGUGUGUAUCGUGUUCACAGUAGACAUGGCCAUGCGAUUUGCUAACAUGGCAGUGCGUUUUCCAACAGCGGCUCGCAAUUCGUGUACGUGCUGCAUCGGUGUAAGCUGCUUUGUGAUAUGAGUGGAAGUGCUACCCAAAAUAAUGUCGGUCCAGCGUUGACAUUUUCGAGCUUUUGCUGUGUGCUGCGAUGUUAUUGUUGAUGGUUAAGUAUAAUUGGGCAACGGAAGUUGUUGUGGAUAUCGGGUGAAACAACUGUUCAGGGAACCAACUAAACUGCCUUCUUCUGGAACUUUUUAAAGCCGUGCUGUAGACAGAUUCGCUCCAUCUGAGUAGACGUGACUAAUUUUGAACGCUCUUCGCCACCAAACAUUUCAGUCAUAUUUGCAUUGCAUUCCGUUUUGAACUACAUGAUGUAAUGCCAAAACGAGGAAACGAAGCAAGCCUGAUGUCACAUCUUCAACUGAUAACACACAUCACGCACAUCAGCUGUUAUGUCACACACAUCAGCUGAUGAUUUUGUAGCCUACACGCCUGCUUAAUGUACUAAAUCGCGACUUGCGACAAGUUUGGUGCUUGUCAAUGUGUGUUAUCUGCAAUAUUGCUCACUACUGAUGUUCCGACGCUGUUGUGAAGAGGAGCGGGCAGGUCAAAACAUACGGGCUCUUCCUAUCAACUACGACGGUCAAAAAACCGAAAGCAGGUCAUGUUGCGGACUACUUUUAUCAGAAGAAUUGUGCAGAGCGAAAAAUGUUUUUGGAGCUCAAUACAUAGAAAGUGUGGAACACUUCGUUCGUUAGUAGCAUAUGUUUCAGCGUUUUCUGCUGGCGUGUGUUGUUCGCGGGCCUUUUAUGGUGGUAGUACUUCCAUAAGUGGAAAAUCCUAUGGGGGCAGAUGCUUCCACUUUUUCCAUAGUUAUUGUUAAUUAUGCCUACGGUGAAGACCAAUCACAAAAGUGUUUGUUGGUUCUUCGGGAUUUUGUGGGGAUGGAAAAGCCACUGAUCGGAACAGUUUUUGUAUUCGUUUUAUGGAUGGCAAAAUUGGAAAGAUUCCGAUGGGUCAUUCUCUUUAAUUUGACAAUGUGUCGCCAUGUGGCGGAUGUCACAUGAAAAUCAAAGGCACUGCCGGGCCAAAUUGUGUCAUACGCAUCCCCACCUGCGAGAAAACGCGUUCCGGCCCCAGCAUAUGGGUAACAGAUCGGUCUUACAAAAAUUAAAGCUUGUCCACGGCAAUCAGCCAAUCACAUUUCUCGACGAUUAUAGCCGCGUGCUGAGAUGCUUGUCGGCCUUGCCUGUGCGAGCGACGGCGCUGUGCCAGCGCAGGUGGUAGGCGUGGUGCUGGCGCUGGCGCUGGCGGCCGCCCGGGAGGGUGCCGAGCGGCGUCGGCGCCCCGAGACCGGUGCCAACUGACAGGCCACUCAGCUCGGCCCGCCGUCAACAGCCAGCCGCUGCCGUCUAGCCGUCGGUAAACACGGCGCUAUUGAGCGCCUCCGGUCACGCAGCGCGCUCGAAGCCAUUUUCCAGUUUGCUUGUUUUUCACUUACGGAGACAUACGCCGUUGUGUCGUGUCACGGUCAGGCGGCAACUGUGUCUGACAUGGCCCAGCGCUUCUGACGUUCCUGGGCACGGGACUCACUGUAAUAGGCUAGAGGGCCCUUGACAUGGCGUGCAGUGAGGAACAAGUUGGCCGUUAUAUUUCUGGGAGCCCGCAAUUCUUGCUGGUCAAUAAGUGACUGGUGUGCUGGCAACCCACCGGGCUGACCGGUACAACUGAGAUCUUUGUGAUCAGAUUUGACCUUUUGAGGGUCAUUCGACCUGGCCAUAAUGUUUCGUAUCUUACAGCUUUGGAAGACCAUUUUAAAGUCAUUUCCUCAUUGGCGUGGCUUGUUUAGUUCGUGAUAUAACCAGACGAACCGAUGCAACAAUAGACUUCACUCGCUGGAACUGACGGUGACAUAUCACGAGUCAGAUCUGUUGAUGGCCACUAGUGUCCAUCUGGUAGAGCUUUCCGACUGCCACUCAACGUCAACUCUACAUAUUAUCGUUGCGCGCUUAGUUCUGGAGAUAACGGGUGAUCAUGCAGGGCUUAUAAAUUCAAAGUCCUUCUGCUGAGUUAACGACCUCCAUUGUACCAUGAUAAUCGUUGUUUAGCGCUACAAUGUCGUCUAACUAGUAGUUACUGGUAUGCUGAAAGUCGUUAGCUUGGCGUAAGAACUUUGAACUCAUGAUGUCGAAAAACCAGGAACUAAGGCCUUUCUAUUAUAAGCUAACGCGGUGCUAAUUUGACACUCAUUGGGUUAUGACCGGAUUUUGCCAGGGAAAGGUCCCGUUCAGCUGACGCAGUUAAGCGAGUACUUUCAAUUACCGUGGUCCCCUUGUAUCUAGCUUGCUUACCUUUCAAGAUGUUAUGGGGCUGUUUAAAGCCCCCGCAAGAGGGCAAAGGUGAAAAGCCCUCGUAGGGCGAGGGGUUGCACGCGCCCGGGUGGUCGGCUGAAUUCGAUGCAGUAGGGUGGGGCUAGGGUAUGGGUAACUUUUUACACCCGAUGUAUCAAAAAGUAAGAGCUAGGGAGACCAAAUUCGGAGGAUUGGUGGUGCUAUGACAACGCAUUAGUGUGAAUUCGUUCAUCUGUAGUUUGUGACCUCCGGUUAAAUGAUGUCUUAGGUCAAACUCAAUAUUGGUCCUCCAAAAACCUUCCGGAGCAUUUUGAUAUGUGAAUAUAAAAUUAGCUCCUAAGCAACAGGACGAUAGCGGUUAUUUUAGGUCAGUGAACUCCCAUGACCUUAAGGUCGAGAUGAGAGACUUGUUGACGUCCUUGUGACAGAAAUUCUAAAUGACAGCACAAUUCUGCCUCCUGUGGCGGAUUCUGUCUAGUCAAAUCUAGUCAAAUCUAGAAUCCGGUCAAAAAGCCUUGUAGAGGUCUUGAAAAGUAUGCCUUGUUUUUUGCACCACAGUGUCGGCUAAUUAUUUGUCUGUAGCUACGCAAAGCUUGGCGUCGCUACGUUAUAUCGUUCGGAAAGUAUUCUAGAAAAACGUUGGGGGCCAAAUCGACACCCCCACCCGAGCGCGUAGAGUAGUGUGGCGAGGGCGUUCAAAACUAGGCCAGUUUACCAAAAUCAAACCACACCAGGUCAUUACAUGUUAUCACAUCUAGUCUAUGGUACCACACCUGCUCCAAUGAGCAGAGGGCGGCCGUUCCCGGCGUGGCGGAGAGCGGAGCACGGCCACCCCGCCUCUCCGGCCUCCUGCCGAGCCGUGCUGCCAGCCGUGCCCGUACCUGUCUGUCUAUUUGUGCGCGAGCGCGCGCGUGUAUGUGUGCGUGAAGCUGCGGAAAGAUGCGCUUGCGCGUUGCUGCCGGAGCUUGUUGUGGUGUUGCUGCCUGCGUCAAAGCCGUUGUGGCGCGCUGCUGUCAGAAGCGCGCUUGCGCCUCAGCCUGUACUCUCAGGUCAGCGUCCACGCGCGUUCUCUGCCCCUGCAAUGGACGCGUCGCUGGUGGCCUCGCUGCGGCUGUCGUAGCUCUUUUUGGUCGGAAGCGGCCCCACUAGCCCGCUGUGUUAUUCAAGUCAACGGUGAUGUCGCCAGCUGCCGUGACGUUUGCCGGGCCCAAGCCAUUGUCACCAAAGCAUACUAAGCUUUUCAAAAACGUUUCUAGGUGUUUCUAUCAAUUGUCCCUGAAACCAAGCAUUUCAGACCCGCAUUUAUGUGAUUAUGUGAUAUGGAAUGCACCUUGUUCUGGUAUCUAGUCCUGUAUGUUCAAGUGCUGAUUUUCAAUAAAGACAAACGAGUAUA